AUCAGAUGCACAGGAUAUAAGGUGCGUCCAUUCCGUCCAGCAUCACCUGCGCAUCGACAACCACGAUCGCGUUCGCCAUUCAAAAUUGGAAAGAAUUACACCCUGCAAUACCUGAGAAGAGUCUCAAUAGGUGAGUGAAAAACAUGGAGAAAGUUCUGGCCAUCAUUAACAUCAUCGUGGGUCUUCUCGCCUUCAGCUUGCAAGUAUCGGCAUUGGUCGUUUUCAAAGAUGUGGACUGGGAUCCGGACAAGGCCGGUGCAGGAAUCUGGGGUGGAAUUUACCUCAUCAUCUUUGCUCUUCUCUUGAUUCUCAAAAAGUUGAAAAAGAGUGAAAUCGUCCUGGGUAUGGCGGUCGUCGCCGCCUUGAUUGGUGUCACGCUCAUUGGACUCUAUUCGUGGAGUAUCGACAUGUACCAGGAUUCCAUAGCCGAUUGUAACAUCUUCCCCCUCAACUUAGUAAAAUUAUGUGACAGAGCUGCCAUUGAUUCUUUGAUGAUCAUCUGCGGCAUUCUGGCCGUUAUUGUCAACGGAAUAAUAGCCAUGAAAGCGCCUUCCAUCGCUUCUAAAUGAAAAUGAAUUCCACAGAGAUAACAACAUGAAAACAACUUUGAACUUGAACAAACCAAAUAAAAUCCUAAAUCGAAUUCUUGAAUCACACCAGCAAAGUACGAACGUUCAAAAUGUGGCAAUUACCUUUGUCAUAUGUCUCCUGUGAGAUUAUAUCACCCAUUACGCAGUUGAUUAUGCGUUUGAUUUUCGGUCAAACUAAUUCAGUUCAACGUGUUCUAUACAUUCCCUUCGCCUUAUUGAACACUAAAUCUAAAUUCAAUAAACAGUUUUGAAACAAAA